GAAUUAAUCAAUAUAUUUGGUCACUUGAAAAGUACAAUGAAAUAUCCACCUGUAUUUUUUUGUCUUAUGAAGUAAGACUAUUAAAACAGAAACAAAACAAUAGCAGUAUUUGACAGCAAAGUGUACUGACAGCAAAAUAGUUUCAAAUCUUAUUUUCAAUGUAUGAUUUAAAUAUAGUAUAAUUUUGUGAACUAUAGUUCAUAAGCUUUCCACACAAAACUGUAUGAGCAUUUAUAGAUCCCAACAUUAUUGGUUAAACUGUAUUGUACAUAUUAUACAACAACCACCAUACAUGCAAAGUAUAAAAGCUGUUACCAUCUGGGCAAUACAUCUCACACACCAUCCUCACCAAAAGAAGGGAACAUCCUCUACUGACUGACACCAUGCUGUCACAAGAAAGAAGAGAGGAGGACUUUUUGAGAGAAGUUGUCCCUAGUUUGAAAAAUGGAAUGGUUCAUUUCAGAGAUAUGGCAGAUAUUCUACUCAACUUUGAUAAAGAUCAAACAAAGGCCCUACAGCAAGAGAUUCAGAAAGGACUAAAUAGCUUUCAGCAAUCUGAAGCUGCUGCUGGUCGACAACUAGCACGUGUAGACAAGUACUAUGAGGAGCUGACAUGUAAGAAAGGAAAGCUUGAGUCUGAGGAUAGAUGUCUGAAAACCUGUUUAGCUAAUCUGGAGAGUCAACGUCAAGCUAUCAACGAUUCCUUGCAGAAUUACAGUCAUGCCUUAGACAGAGCUAACUGGAACAAGAUGUCCACCCAGAAUGCUCUGGAUGAGUGCAUUGACAGGGCAAGUUACAACGAAGGAAUAAGGAAUGCUGGGAUUGGGAUUAUGUUUAUUCCCAUCCUAGGCCUCAUCGCAGGGUCAGUGAUGGUUGGUGUUGGAGAAGUAGAACUAAAUAAAGCUAAUAUGCAGGCACAGCAAGCACAAGAGGAAGUCAACCGUUUUCAGAACUUGGUUAAUUCCUUCACCUCACAGUUAGCUACAAAGAAGCAAGAGAAGACUGAGCAAGAAAGGAUGAUUGAAGAAUGUCAAGGCAACAUCUGGAAAACCCAUGUGAGUCUCAAGGAGAUGAAGAGUAAGCGGAUGAAAAUAGCUGGCUUUCAGCAGAAGUUGAGGAACGCUGUCCACUUUCUAAGUGUCUUGGCUGGCAAAGCUAAUGUUGCCAUGGUUGUGAGCUCUCAAUCUGUCAUCUUCCUGGAGCCACUGUGCACUGUAAUGGCAGAGAUUGUGGGCCUCUUUUAUCAAGCUGUAGGUGGGAAGUGUAAUCAGUUCCUGCAGGACAGGGACAUACAAAUGGCCAUUCAGAGCCUGCAGGAUGUCAAUAAACAAGUCUCAGCCAUUACUGGCGAGCUUGGUCUCCUAGAUGACCAGUUUCUUUAAGCGAAGCGUGUCUUACCAAUAUCAUUUGUAAAAUUAGACAUUUGUGCUUUGUGUGGAAUUAAAUAUAUUAAUUUAGAUUGAGAUAUUAAUAUAUUAAUUUAGAUCCUCUGCUGAUUUGUAACAGUAUUUACUGUAGGUCUACAUCUUGACAUUUUCCUUGCUUUUGUCCUGAUGAUAAUGCCAUUAAUUAUGAGAGAAAGUUAAAAAGUUCUUUGUUUCCAACCUGUCACUUACUAAUCGUACAUGCAUACCAGUAUUGUGCUGUCACAAUUGUUUGAAAAGUUUAAAAUCAAGAGUGAAACAUUGAGUAUGUAUUAUGAAAUACCUGCGCCUUUGCUUUUUGAAACAAUAAAAGUUUUCCUCUUCCUCUUAAUUAA